UGAUGGCGUCUCGGGUUGAGCAGUUGGUACGAAUCUUUGGCGCGCUUAGACCGUUGACAGAUAAAAGGCAGCCAGUCGGGUGAAAUCAACGACGACGACAACAAUAGCAAUAAUAAUAACAACAACAACGGUGAACUUGCCGUGUCUUCUUUAAUCGGUGUUCAUCGUUCGCUAUUUGAAUGCAUGCUAAAAGUGUACGAAAAUUAGUGAGAAAAUAGUAUAAUAAAUAAUACAAAAUCAAACAAAGCGAAAUGUAAAUGAGAAUAAAUAGGGCCAGACGACAAAAGAGAUUCGCGUAUUAUGGCACACACCAGUUUAUAAAUACCCAAGAGGGGGCUAACCAAGGAAAGAAAAACAAAGGAAGAAAAACAAAGCCUGAGGAACGAGAACGAGAACGAAAAGCGACGAAAGCUCRCGGCAUUCAAUUAUCAAAUUGAAUUCAAUUCAAUUUGUGUCAGGUCAAGUGGACAGGCAGCCGCUGGUGGUGCUAGUGGUGGCUGAGCGACAGUUAUGACACAGACGACGUCGCAGCAGACGUGGCCCAGGCCGAGUCGGCACAUUUGCUGGCUCAUGGCGGCUCUGGCCGUGGCCGGGCUGGCGGCGAGCGAUGCUCUACCUUUUCUUUACACGAAUGCGCGGGCGCCCAUCAACUGGACGCAGCCGCAGCUGGACGACUGGAAGGUUGAGGUGCAGCCACGCAGCGUGGUGCCGCACGUGGAGCUCAAGUAUCACGCGAACCGCACUAGCACCGAGACCGCCGACAGCGAUGAGGAGUUUCUGGAGCGCCUGCGGGCUCUGCGCCAGAACCACAGCUCUGCGCGAAUGCUGUGGUACGAUGCGGCAGCUGGCGAUGGACUCACGUAUCCCCCAUUCGUGGACAAAGCGCUGAAGCUGUUUAAUCUGAAGCAGGUAGCCUUCGAGAUCGAGAACAGCGUCCUGUCCAAGGUCUCCUGCACCGCGUGCAAGGCGGGAGCCGGUCUGCUCCAGCACUACAUCAAGAGCGGCAAGACCGACGCAGAGCUCAUGAAGAUGAUUGCGCAAUACUGCACGAACCUGAGCAUCCAGAGCCCGCGCGUUUGCGAGGGGGUGGCCCAGCUCUUUGGUAGCGAAGUCAUCUACGUGCUGCAGCGCGUCAACCUGGGCCCCGACGAGCUGUGUAGCUUCAUCAUAGGCGACGGUUGCGGCGAUGUUUACAACCCGUACCACGAGUGGGAGGUCAUUUUCCCGCCGGUGCCCAAGCCUCCGCGUCUCCCUGAGCUGCCCGUGCCGCUGGAGGCGGCCCCGUUCUUUAAGGUGCUCCACAUCUCCGACACCCACUACGAUCCGCACUACGUCGAGGGCGCGAACGCGGACUGCAAUGAGCCGCUGUGCUGCCGACUGAGCAGCGGGCGGCCUGCCAGCCCCAACGCCGCUGCCGGGAAGUGGGGCGACUACCGCAAGUGCGACACGCCGAAGCGGACGGUGGACAACAUGCUCGCCCACAUUGCAGACACCCACAAGGACAUUGACUACAUCCUCUGGACGGGUGACCUGCCGCCGCACGAUGUGUGGAACCAAACGAAGCAGGAGAACCUCGAGAUCAUCAAAGAGACGGUCAAGCAAAUGACCGAGAAGUUCCCCGGAGUGCCAAUCUUUCCGGCCUUGGGCAACCACGAGAGCGCGCCCGUUAACAGCUUCCCGCCUCCGUAUGUCAACCAGGUCGAUAUCUCCAUCAACUGGCUCUACGACGAGCUCGACGUCCAGUGGCGUCGCUGGCUGCCGCAGAGCGUCUCGCACACGGUACGGCGUGGCGCCUUCUACUCGGUCCUUGUGCGCCCCGGCUUCCGCAUCAUUUCACUCAACAUGAACUACUGCAACAACAAGAACUGGUGGCUGCUCCUCAACUCCACAGAUCCCGCAACGGAGUUGCAGUGGUUCAUCUAUGAGCUGCAGAGCGCCGAGUUUUCCAAUGAGAAGGUUCAUGUAAUUGGACACAUUCCGCCGGGUCAUUCGGACUGCCUGAAGGUCUGGUCACGCAAUUUUUAUAAGAUCAUCUCGCGCUAUGAGAGCACCAUUACCGCCCAAUUCUAUGGCCACACCCACUUCGACGAGUUCGAAAUGUUCUACGAUCCCCAUGAUUUGACACAUUCAAAUAGCAUUGCCUAUAUUGGACCCUCCGUGUCACCCUACUAUGAUCUAAAUCCGGGAUAUCGUAUUUACUAUGUGGAUGGUGAUCAUGAUACAACGACUCGUCUUGUCAUCGACCAUGAAUCAUGGAUAAUGAACUUGAAGGAGGCAAAUCUCUACGGCUAUCCGAUUUGGUAUAAGCUAUAUACAGCCAGGGCUGCGUACAAUAUGAAGGCUCUGCGACCAAGCGACUGGGACAAGCUGCUCAACGAUCUGACGGACAACCAGGAGCUUUUCGAAAUUUACUAUAAGAACUACUGGAAAAACUCUCCGGCGCGACCCACGUGCGAUGCGGAGUGCAAGAAGCGGAUGUUGUGCGACUGCAAAAGUGGACGCUCCCACGAUCGCCGGCACUUCUGUGCGGAUGUCGAGUCGAAAAUCGAUGAGGGGUCCUCUAAGUCGUGGAAGUCGUGGUUCUAUCGAGGACUCACCAACUCCUACAGUCUGAUUACGUCCAUCACCUACCUGCCCAAGUACCUGCUGGGCUAUGGCUGACCUAUGCCUCUUGGCCAGGUCAAAGUCGAGUCAAGUGCAAAGUCAAAGCGCAAAUCAGUGCAAAUUUCAACGCCUACACAGAAAGGUUACUAUGUGAUAAUUAGUACUUAAACUAAGUUAGCAACAUAUUCUACUUGUCCCUGCCGUAUCAU